UUUUUUUUUUAUUAUUAUUCACUUUGCACCGAACGUCGGCCGUGUUCUUGUUGUUGUUGUAUAUUAUACAAUAAUAAAAUAUAAAAUAAUAUGUAACGUAUAAUAUUUUAUAAUAUUUAUAUUAUACAGCAACGACGACGACGACGAAUUUGUUGGUUGACAAACGCUGGUUUCGCAGUAGGAUUUCCAAAAGUCGGUUGCUAGAUUUUGGUUUAUUAGUUUUAACUCACACGCGCACUCAAAUCCCAAGUUUUUUGGAGACUCUUUUCUAUUUUUUUUUUUUUGCUCGUUGCGUUUUGGAAUGACCACGGUCGGUACCGUCGACAAUCAACAUGACUGUGGAUUUUUGCGAUUACUUUUGGGGAGAAAAAAAUAAUGGCUUUGACGUUCUGUACCAUAAUAUGAAAUAUGGUUUGGUGGCUAGCAAGGAACUAUCAGACUUUUUACGUGAAAGAACCAAUAUUGAAGAGACAUGUUCGAAAUUACUUGCAAAGUUGGCGAAACAAACGGGCAGCACCACAACGACUGGAACGUUCAGUCCUCUGUGGCAGUUGCUUCGAGUGUCCAUAGAAAAACUCACCACGUUGCAUUUGCAGAUGGUGCACAAAGUCUGCGAACUAGUCAAAGACGUAACCAAAUAUACAGACGAACUGCAUAAAAAACACAAAAAUGUUAAAGAAGAACAAAGCAGUACGCUAGAAGCCGUACAGGUUAUCCAGUCGACAACGUUGGCUUUGCAAAAAGCCAAAGACGUGUACGUGCAGAAAGGAGGCGAGUUGGAUAAACUCAGAAAAGAUAAUGCGUCGGCUAGAGACAUCGAAAAGGCCGAAACCAAAUUAAAAAAAGCUCAGGACGAUUACAAAGUCCUAGUUGAAAAAUAUAGCGCUGUGAAAGACGAAUUUGAAAAAAAAAUGACAUUAGCUUGUAAGGUUUUCCAAGAGGUCGAAGAAUUACAUUUAAAACAAAUGAAAGACUUUCUCAGCUUGUACACUGAGCUGUUGGAAACAAAUCACGAUGAAAUCGGAAAGGUCCACGUUGAGUUUAAGAAACAGUGUUUAGAAUUGACCGUGGACAAACUGUUGGAGCAGUUUGUUCUGAGCAAAUAUACUGGAUUAGAAAAACCAGAAAUCAUCGAGUUUGAAGAAGUCUGCAUGAACAGUACGUCCAGCAGUCUGAAUCAGAUUCCGGACUCGUCCAGCGAUUCCAGGUCCGUCCAGGGAACCAACUCGCCGGUGUUGACGAACAUUUCGCAAAACCCCAGUGCGACCAGCGUGUCGUCCGAAAAGCCUUCGACGGCGAAACGUGAAGGUAAUUGCCGCGUAAGGGACAAGAACGACGCAACCAAUUACCAGUCCUCCAGAGCAACAUCCUUACUCAAUAUCUUCAUCUCCAACUCCCACGGUGCUUUAUCGAAAUCAAACAGAACUAUCAGUCUGAGCGCUGAUCACUCGACCUGUUCGCUUCCUCAGGGUUCUGUUCGUGGAUCAAAAUGGUUUUUAAGGAGUAGACGCGACAAGCGCAAAGAGAAGAAAACCAAAAAGAAAAAGGAUUCCGGUGAAAUAAUAGCGAGCAGCAAAGAAGAUAAUAAGUCAGACGAUGAAAAAGAGGAACAAGACCAGUCGAAAAACUCUACGCCCGAAAUUGACGAAGAAGGGUAUCGUAUUCAGCCGUCGAGUCAAUGGAAUGUGGACAAGAGAAGCUUUGAUUCUACCGAUUCUGAUUCCGACGACGAGAGAGAGAAAAGGCUACACGUUGAAAUCAAACCGCUGAGCAACGGUUCGGCUCCGAUAAGCGCUAGUGUCGAUGAACUAAGAGCGACCGUCGAAAACAUAUCUUUGAUGCCAUUGGGAACACACACAUUAAGGAAUCGACGCGGUUCGGCUCACGACGACGGCACCAUGAAACGUUCAAAAUCGGUUUCACAACAGCUGAAUUCAGUAAAAAUAAGCAACGAUCUGAUCGGUCUGAAUCUGUUUCAAUCGGCCGCCAGCUCGCCCAAUCCGAUCCAACAGCAGCAGUACAGUUCUUUGACCAGCCCGACGUUGUCGCUGACAAACAAAUCUAUUUCACCGCCCAACGCUUACCCUGCCGUUACGUCCAGAUACGCAGCCGAUCUGGGCGAUUUGUUCUUCGAAGUCGGCGACAUACAACAGCAGCCAGCGCAAGUCAAACAGUCGCCUCCUUCUACUACCCCCGCGGGAUCCAUCUCCAUCCCUCGUCCUCCGUCAAGGCGAGAAAACGCCGGGCCACGCGGCCAAUUGAGUCCGAUAAGCAUCGGCCGCACGGACAGCCUGUCGAGCCUCGAGUUCAGGUCUUCCGGAGUGGUCGGACCGUCGAGAGGACCGUCGCCGCUAACGAUCGGUUUGUCCGAUACGUUCCCGUUGGCCGUCGCAUUCCACGAGAUCAUCCACGCCUAUUUCAAAGGAUCCAACGAGUCCAGGUGCCAAGUGAAAAUGUUCGGAGACAUGAUGGUGUCUUUCCCGGCGGGCAUCGUCAACGUGCUGGCAAACAAUCCGAACCCCGCCAAAUUGACGUUCCGUCUAAAGAACACCGCUCGAGUGGAAAACCUGCUUCCGAACAAACAAUUGGUUUUCUUUGACAAUGCCGCUGCGUUUAGCGAUUCGAUCGUCUACGAAUUCAACAUGCCGGCGUUGACGUUGUUGUUGCGUAAGCAGUUCGAACAAAAUCCAGUAGCGUCUUACUUCAACGUCGACAUACUCAAGUAUCAAAUAAAACCUCGUAACACGGCGGCGGCUUCGUGUCCGUUUCAAUUGGUGUCGUUCUACAAAUGCAGCGGCACCCACACGGAUCUGAAAAUCGACUACAAGUACAACAGCCAUUCGAUGAGCAUGGCCACUCCUUUGGUCAACGUAUCCGUGUCGGCUACGCUGAACUCGUCCAUUCAGAACAUGCAGUCCAAGCCGCCGGCCCAGUGGCAAGCCGAUACGAACACUGCCGUUUGGAAGUUUGCGGAACUGUCGCAGCACUCGGACAACCAAGGUUCGGGUUCGUUGAAAGCCAGAUUCGAAGUCGGAGCGGUGUCCUCGGUGUCCACGAUCAACACUCAGUUCAACUGCGAGGGGACCACGUUGUCGGGCGUAGAGUUCGAACUGGCCGGCACGGGUUACAGAGUAUCGUUGAUCAAACGGCGGUUUGUCGCCGGCAAGUACAUAUGCGACAGCGAACCGGACGCUAAAAGCUCGGCUCCACAUUCCGUGUCAUCAAACGUGUCCACUUCGGACUGUUAACCAUCGUCGUUUAUUCUAACAUUUAUUAUUAUUAUUUUUGUUUUUUUAUUUAAAUUUUUAUUUUUCAACUCUCGUUAGUUUUUUUUUCUUUACUUUAUAUAAAUAUUUAUAAUUUGUUUUUUUUUUAUUUUUAUCCUUUAUUCGGUAAUCUCAUAAAAUAUGUAUCACAAUAAUAUUAUUAUUAUUAUUUUUGACUGUUUUUUUGCACCGUGUGCCGUAUCAUAAUAAGACAACCCCGAGCGGUAAUUUUUUUCGACUAACCGUCCACACACGAGUAACCAAAUGAAUUGGAGCGAUAGACAUAAAAGAAAAAAAAUGUAUACUAAUCGAAGAUAUAUUAUAUUUUGUAGUAAUCGUUUAUUGAAAUGUACAUUUAAUACUUUAUUUUUUUAAAACGAAUUUUAUAAUAGAAAACAUAAAUUAUUAGCCGUAAUAUAUUUUUGUAUUUUUCGGUUUUAACCCGAUAAUUGUUAGCGUUUAAUCCUGAUAAUAAUGUUAAGCGUGACCGAUAAUAGACCUUCGUCUUCGCCUUUCAGAACUUCAGAUCUGAUCCGAACGUAAUACAAUUAAUUAUUCUCCGAUAUAAAAAUCUCUCAUCGAUUUCUAUUACUAUAUUAUUAAUUUUUUUUAAUAUUAUUAUUAUUAUCAUUAUUACGCGUAAAUAAUAAUCGUGAUAUAAUUAAUUAAUUUUUGUUUUUUUUUUUAACCGUUUUGUUAUCAUUUUUUGAUUUUACAUUGCAAAAAAAAAAAAUUGGAAAACGUUUUUUGUAUUAGCGUCGUCGUUUUAUACGAUAAAAUUCCUCGUUGAAUUUAUUAUAGUAAUUUAGCGUGUUUCGGACAGACUUGUGAUUGAUUGAAUUAUUAUUAUGCAUAUAUUUUGUUAACAGAUGUCUUCUACUUAAACUAAACGAUUUAUAUUCUCUAUAUAUAUAUCCUUUAUUUACAUAUUUGUUUAUUUGUGUAUUUGUGUAGUCUGUUGAUAAAUAUCGGACCAAUUACAAUAUUGUGUACGUGAACUGUGAAUUGUGCCUCGUAAACUAUAUAAACCUAUUAUUUAUUAUUAUUAUUAAUGAUUAUCGGUGGUUUUGAGCCGUUAACGGUAACGUAAAGAUAUUGUAACGGUAUCGUCUGUGCCGUAGUCUCAGCUAUAUGUAGUAUCAAA